GGGUCUACCUUGUUUCAGCCCCUGUCUGACGUCGUUGGCUUCCCGCUUGAUCAGAUCAAUUUUUUUCUGUCUCAAAUAAUUGCCUUAAUAUGUGGAUUCAUUUUUCGAUGUCUCUUUUCACCAUGCCGUGUUGGUGCGAAUGUUCGACAUUCAUUUGAGGCCAUUCUAGGCUUCUCUCUGCUCUUCUUCUGCUUUGGCAUUCAGUCAUUAGUUGUUGUGGUCCAAAGUGUCAUCUGCUGGCUGAUCAUGUGGAGAGUUCCACAUGGAACCUCAGAAAAGUUGGUUUUCCUGACUGCGAUGUUGUUCCUGGCAGUCUGCCACUCUCUGCGAAUGUACUACGAUUAUUCUGGGUACAACCUGGACAUAACUGGGCCACUGAUGAUCAACACCCAGAGGAUCACCAGUCUGGCGUUCUCAUUAUCAGAUGGAAAGGAAUUGAUGACUGAUCCUGACAUCAGGACAACUCCAUACAUUUUCAAUAAGACUAUUUCCGAGCUUCCAUCUAUUCUUGAGCUGCUGAGCUACUCACUGAGUUUCCACAUGAUUAUCUGCGGUCCAUUCUCUUUCUACAAGGAGUAUAUUAACUUCAUUCAUGGGAACAAUAUCACUUACCAACCUCUUAACGCUUUGUUUCCUGUCUCUACAAUAGUUCAUGAGUUUUAUUUUUCAAAUUACUUCAAAAAGUUGUCGUCUGUUGCUGUGUUCUUGGUGCUGAUGGCAGUAUGCACUCCCAUGUUUCCUGCUCAAACUCUAAUUGAUGAGACCUUCAAUUCAUCGCACUCACUCCCCUACCGCAUCAUCUACUGCGUCAUCUCAACUUCUGCCGCCAGGUUUAAAUAUUAUGUCGCCUGGAAACUUGCUGAGGCAAUCAACGUGGCUGCCGGGUUGGGAUUCGGUGGUGUCGACCAGUUUGGGCGUCAGAGGUGGGAUUUCAUGGAUAAUGUCAGUGUCUUCAAAGUUGAGUUUGCAACUAGCAUUCGAACGUUACUGAGCAACUGGAACUCGCGAUCGACGCUGUGGUUGAGGCAUGUGGUCUAUGAAAGGACGCACAACACGUUGGCUGUCUUCGCCAUGAGUGCAUUAUGGCAUGGCUUCUACCCGGGCUACUACGUUACAUUCAUGACAGGUGCUUUCCUGGUCUACGAAUCCAGAAUGGUGCGCCCAAUAAUCCGUCCAAAGUUCCAGUCAUCGGCAGUUCUCUCGAAGGUGUACGACCUGUUGACGUUCUGCAGUACCAAGCUAGCACUCACCUACCUCGCCGUGCCCUUCUUGCUUCUCGAGUUC